AAUUCUCAGCAAAAGAAAGCUCUUUUGUCUGUAUAAAACUUAUCUCACUAAUACAUAACAGCAGGUCCCGUACCUGCAUGUUAAAACAGUGUAAAGUGCUUCCAGUUUAUUGUGUGGUGUUCACAUGACCUCCAAAUGGCACAAGCUCAGCAGAAUAUAGUAGAACAAAGCUUGUGUACAAACAAGAUGUCCCACUUUGACCUAAACUGCAAUUUUGGUAGAAAUGUGUUCUUCAUUCAGUGACGUUACUCAGUGAGUAAAGUACCCAGUAAAGUACGAGAAGGCAUACUUCAUAAUAAUAUAGAAGUGAAAGAUAUGGUAUAAUGAAAUUACACCUGAAAUAUUUUUUUUUCCCCAAAAAAUUACUAAAGUAAAUAUACGUAGUUACUACCCACCUCUGAUCAUAUCAUCUGUUGAAUCCUGUUUGAAAUGAAUCCAUCUUUCUUCUGAUGAUGAGCUUUUCCAGGUUCUUUGUUUAGAAGUCCCUAAUAAUAAGUAGAUAAAUAUUCUGAUUUGCUACUUACAGUGCAUCCCAAAAGUAUUUGCACCCCUAGAAUGUGUUCACAUUUUGUACACUUCUACAAAAUGAGUUAGUUCAGCAAAAAGCAGGAUAUAUUUAUAAAGUGGAAAAAAAUAUGCAAGGUUUUAUGAACACAAGUCUAAGAAAUAUACUGCCCCUUCUGUAUUAGCCAUUAUUAACAUUUAUGCAGUUAAUUGCCUCGAAGAGUCAUUUAAUUAGUAAGUACCUGCUUCUUCAGCAACAUCAUUAAGGUCAAGAAACACACCAGACAGACAUGGGUUCAUAGUUUGCAGCAAUAUCCCAAGGAGAGCAUUAUUCAGAGAAGAGGUCAAGCGGGCGAUGACUAAUUAAUUUAUUUGCUGCUCCAGAUUUUGUUUGCUAGACAAUGACAUGAAGAUAACAAGGAAUUUUGAACGUCUGUCUGCUACCUGAUCGUUUAAAACUGGGUUAUGUAGCAAACAGUUACUCAGACCGCCCAAGUCACUCUGCCAAACAAUGAUUAGUAAGGGAUACUGUAAUGUUGUAAACUGACCAAGUCAAAGAGGUGACCCUAAUCUCAGAGAAACUGUGAAAGCAAACAACACAUUUCAGAAAACCCACCAACAUGAACAAUGAGUUCAUGCUGUUCUGUUGGAAGGAAUGUGCUGCAUUCCUCCAAACUAAUAUGGAGGAAUUAUCAGUACAGUGUGCUGUCCUGUUUUCAGAUCAUUGCAUUAAAAUGCAUAAAUGUGUCAAUUUCAAAAUGAAUCAUCGACAUCAAUCAGCAUUUUUAUAAAUAUCUGUUAAAGACAGAUGUAAAAAUGUGUAAACAGAGAUUUUGAUGGGAUUAAAACAAACACUCUUGAUCUGUCUUCUAUUUAUGCUGGAUUAAACCUAAUCUGAAGCUCUUUGUUUCUUGUGUCUAAUGAACGUGCUUGGUAAGCUCACGUAGGUAUGUUUUGGCACACGUUGAGCUCUUGUGAGGAGAAAAGCAGGCAUUUCUUUCUUUUUUUUUUGACUGAGAGCAAAGUCCUGUUUGUUGAUCUCCACUAUAUAAAGCCAGAUCUUAUCUCGAUCAACAGCAGCAGCAACAGCAGCAGCCUCAAACAGAAAGAUGCUGAACAUCAGCGAGCUCUCUCUGAGGUCUCCUCAUUUCAGGGCGUCCGACCGUCUCCUGCAGCCCUUCUGGGACCAUCUGCUUCUUCACCACCUGUCUCUCGUCUCGUCUCCUUUUUUGCCCGUCAUCCUUGCCUUCUCCUGCUACUUUUGCUUUAGUUUGCCUUUUGCUGUGUUAGACCUCUUGGGGGAAAGGGUCCCUUUGUUCCACAAGUAUAAGAUCCAGCAAAACAGGAGGCCAACGCUGGGAAUGAUGGCCAAGAGCUUCAUGACAUCUCUCUAUAACCACAUUUUUUUUGUUUUACCGGCUGUCAUAAUUGGCAUGUUCAUACUGCCAACACCAACCCUGCCGCGAGACGCUCCUACGUUAUAUCAGUUGUUCACCGAAGGACUGGCUAUACUGCUCCUCUUUGACACCCAGUACUUCAUCUGGCACUUUGUGCACCACAAGAACCUGCAGCUGUACCGCUGGGUGCAUGCAGUUCACCACGAAUACAUGGCUCCAUUCUCCUGGUCCACGGAACAGCUCAGCAUUCCAGAACUGAUGACCGUGGGCUUCUGGAGCAACCUGGACCCGAUUCUUUUGAGGUGCCAUCCACUGAGCACAUGGUGCAUAACAGUUCUGAGCAUCUGGAUGUCCGUGGAGGACCACAUAGGCUACGACCUGCCCUGGACCCUGAGCCACCUGGUGCCCUUCGGUCUGCUGGGGGGCGCCCCGGCCCACGACUUGCACCACCAGAAGCCGAGCAGCAACUACGCUCCCUUCUUCAGCCACUGGGACCGGAUCUUCGGCACCGCCAUGUCUCUGAAGAAGAAAAACGUUGAUUAACACAAAACAAUAAUCAACACAAUUCUGUAAAUACUGCCUCUUUUAUAAAUAUGUUGUCCUGUUAAAUCUCUUUGUUUUGCUACUGUACUUCUUGCAUUAUUAGCAUCUUUAAAAAUGCAUUAAACUUGUAAAAAUAUUUAAAUGUGUUUCACCUUUUGUUCAAUAAACAUCUAUUUAUAAAGCA